AUGUCAGAAAGAGGUGGUUUUGGAAAAGGUUUUGGAUCGAGAGGUGGCGAUAGAGGUGGACGUGGUAAAGGUCCACGUGGAAGAAGUCGUGCAUCUCCAGCUGAAGAUGAACUCAAAAGUUGGGUACCAGUAACAAAAUUGGGUCGUUUGGUCCGUGAUGGAAAGAUCAAUUCUAUUGAGGAAAUUUAUCUUCAUUCACUACCAAUCAAAGAACACCAAAUUGUUGAUUAUUUCUUCUCAGGUAGCUCUCAAUUAUCUGAAGAAGUUAUGAAAAUUAUGCCAGUUCAGAAACAAACACGUGCAGGACAAAGAACUCGUUACAAGGCUUUCGUUGCUGUUGGAGACUUUAAUGGACAUAUUGGACUUGGAGUAAAAUGCGCAAAAGAGGUUGCUACUGCUAUUAGAGGUGGAAUUAUUGCCGCUAAGCUAUCAUUAGUACCGGUACGUAGAGGUUACUGGGGUAACAAAAUUGGUGAGCCACAUACAGUUCCAAUGAAGGUUAGUGGAAAAUGUGGUUCAGUACUUGUACGUUUAGUACCAGCCCCAAGAGGUACUGCUAUCGUUGGUGCUCCAACUACAAAGAAAAUGCUCCAAUUUGCAGGUGUUAAGGAUUGCUUUACUUCAUCCAGAGGAUGUACUAAGACCAGAGGAAACUUUAUGUUGGCCAUUUUUGCCGCAUUGAAGAGUACUUAUGCUUACCUUACACCUGAUUUAUGGAAAGAAUAUUCAUUCACUCCUUCUCCAUACAAACAAUUCUCUGAUUUCCUCGCUGUAACUAGCAACAAGGUUACAGUCUAA